UGCACGACAGGAAUAGAGUCUGUUACAGAGUUGCAGAUUGUUUAUUGCUGCCGUGCUUUGAUAAGUGACAGCAACUGGCUGUAAUUCUGCCGGUGCUACAGCUGCUUUGAUCAGCAGCGAAGCUGUUAACAGUGCCGACAAUUAAUUACUGUCGAUGGGCAUUGCAGCUUGAACUUCCCCUGCCGAACAGUGGCAGAUCACACCCGGUCAGGGCUAUUGUUUAAGGCUUUCUUUGGACAUAUCGCUGGGCUGAAUCACGUUGUGCUUCUCCUCGGGAUUUUCUUCCACAGUCACCGCGGUUAGAGCCGCCCUGGUUUUCUGAGCGAGAGCAGGGCUCGCAGGCAGGGUGCUGGCAGCGUGUGGGAGGUGUGUGUGAGAGCCAUGUGCCCCCGGAGCACAGGCUGUGCGUGCCGGUGUCUUCUCUGCCUCCUGUGCUGAUCUGCAGCCUGGAGGUGUGGAGCAUCCUGGAGGGGACCAGAAAGGAUCGUCCCCUGUGACAAACUGGGGAAGGGAUGGUGACUCUGAAUGCAGGUGUCGUGUGGGAGAGAAGAGUGAUCGCCCUCUGAGGCUGUGAGCACUGCGAAAACCCCCACAGCUCAUGCCAUGAAGGAGGAGAACUUUCUUCGUCGCAGGUUCUCCCUCUGUCCGGCCUCGUCCACCCCUCAGAAGGUCGAUCCUCGCAAGCUGACACGCAACCUGUUCUUCGGGGCCGACAACGACAUCUACCCGCUCAGCCCAGGAAAAGAUGUGGAAGGAAACAGCCCAUCAUCACUGAAGGAUGAAACACCACAGACUCCAAACUCCAUUAGCAAGGCAGGUUCCUCAAGGAAAAUCAGCCUCCCACUUAUCCUGGCAGUGGAGAAACCCAAGGACCAGAUCGAGUAUAAGCUUUGCAAUGGGUCUGACAAAGAGUGUGUGUCUCCAACAGCCAAAUUCAUGAAGAAGGAAACACUGAAGGUACAAAAAAAAAAUUACAGACAGGAAAAGAAAAGAGCUACCAAACAACUCUUCAGUGCUCUGAAAGAUCCCAGUGUGGUGAUCACAGCAGACUGGCUGAAGAUUCGUGGGACUCUGAAAAGCUGGACCAAACUAUGGUGUGUCCUGAAACCAGGAGUGCUGCUCAUUUAUAAGACGCCAAAGAUCGGACAGUGGGUUGGGACAAUUCUGCUCCAUUCUUGUGAGCUGAUCGAGAGACCCUCCAAAAAGGAUGGCUUCUGCUUUAAACUCUUCCAUCCUUUGGAUCAAUCCAUCUGGGCUGUAAAGGGACCAAAGGGAGAAAAUGUCGGUUCGAUCACUCAGCCUCUUCCCAGCAGCUACUUGAUUUUCAGAGCAGCCUCCGAAUCAGAUGGCCGAUGCUGGCUGGAUGCUCUGGAACUUGCCCUGCGUUGCUCCAGCCUCUUCAGGCUCAGUGCCUCCAAGCAGGGAAAGGAUGGAGAUGUGAACUGCUCGAGUGAUUCUGCGCAUGCGGGGCUCAACCACCUCUUGCACACCAGUGCUAUGUCAGACCAGGAGUUCUUCCAGUUGAAUGAAUCAACCCUAGAGAACAACCACCACUUGGAAAAUGAUGCUUUUUCAGACAAGUCCGAGAGAGACAACAUAGAGGAGUCAGAGAAUGAAGCACACGAGAACAGCCGGAAGACAAAUGAAAGCGAGAGUGAUCAGUCAGAAAUACAGGGAGAGGUCUCUCCAGGAACAAAGGGGACCACUUAUAUUGAACAAGUCUAUGAAGAAUUUGGAGAGACAGGGGAGUCGUCUCAGACAGAAACCGUGUCUGAGGAGAACAAGAGCCUGAUGUGGAUCCUGCUGAAGCAGCUGCGGCCUGGCAUGGACCUGUCACGGGUGGUGCUGCCCACCUUCAUCCUGGAGCCGCGCUCGUUCCUGAACAAACUCUCCGACUACUACUACCAUGCCGACCUGCUCUCCCAGGCCGUCCUUGAAGAUGAUCCAUACACCCGAAUGAAGCAAGUUCUGAGGUGGUAUCUGUCCGGCUUCUAUAAGAAGCCAAAGGGAAUAAAAAAGCCAUACAACCCUAUUCUGGGAGAGACAUUUCGCUGCUGUUGGUUUCACCCCCAGACGAACAGUCACACAUUUUACAUAGCAGAACAGGUGUCCCAUCACCCACCAGUGUCAGCUUUUCAUGUCAGCAAUAGGAAGGAUGGAUUCUGCAUUUCUGGCAGCAUUCUAGCUAGGUCCAAGUUUUAUGGCAACUCACUUUCUGCGCUGUUGGAUGGAAAAGCAAAGCUUAUGUUUCUAAACAGAGGGGAAGAGUAUAUAAUCACGAUGCCAUAUGCCCACUGUAAAGGACUUUUAUAUGGUACCAUGACAAUGGAGCUUGGAGGGAAAGUUACCAUUGACUGUGAGAAAACUAACCACAGGGCAGAACUGGAAUUCAAGCUAAAGCCCUUCUUCGGUGGCAGCACGAGCAUUAAUCAAAUCUCGGGGAAGAUUAAAUGUGGAGAAGAAGUGCUAGCGAGUCUCACUGGACACUGGGAUGGAGAAGUGCAUAUAAAUGAGCAGAAAAAUGGGAACACAGAAAUGUUCUGGAACCCGACCAGCGAAGUGUGCAGGCAGAGGCUGAAGCGCCACAUUGUGCUGUUUGAGGAGCAGACGGACUUUGAAUCAGAGAGGCUUUGGCAGCAUGUUACCAGUGCAAUAAACAAAGGGGAUCAGCACAAGGCAACGCAGGAAAAGUUUGUGCUGGAAGAGGAGCAGAGGAACGCUGCUCGGGAGCGGAGGGAGAGCGGCACGGAAUGGAAACCGCUGCUGUUCCGGCACGAUGCCGGCACCAACGAGUGGCGCUACAAAUACGAGGAUCUAAGACCUUGGGAUCCUUUGAACGACAUUGCCCAAUUUGAGAAGGAUGGAAUACUUCAGACAAUGGAAAGACACUUAUCCACAAGGAUGUCAAACCACAAAGCAACAUGCAUAAACAAUCAAAUUACACAGCACAAGAGGUCUGCCAAAGACUGCAGGCGCCGCAAAACCAGUGAUCAGCCAUCCAACCACAGCCAGAACACAGAGAGCAGCUGUUCAACGCCAGAGUCAGUGCAGGAGCUCUCAGAUGAUGAUGGGUUUGAAAGCCUGUGCGCUCAGUGUGGGAAAGAAAUGAAUCACCUGAAGGAAAUUCACUCAGCUGUCUUAUCCCUACAGAAAGCCCAACAGGACAUACACAGAAACCUCAGCGCUCUGAACAAAAAGUCCUUCCACAGGAAGGCCUCUUCUGAAAGCUUCCUCCUGGACUCUCGCUGUUGGUUUCUCCUCUGCAUCUUUCUUACGUGUCAACUCUUCAUUAAUUAUGUCUUCAAAUAAAAUCACUACGUUUGGCAGCAAUAAUGAUCACUGGCUGCAGGAGGGGGCCACUCGCGCAAGGAGCCCAGCGAGGCACCAAAGCACUUUAGAACCAACACGGCAGAGGUGGAAGGAAGUGGAAAAACGAGGUUAAAAAGGGACCUAGGAACCUGCAAAACUUUGUUCCUGCAGAUUAUGUCAUUUUUGCCUUUUACAUGUACAUCUUCAAGGACCUCUUAACCUGUAUGGGCCUUAAUGCUGAAGCCAAAUGUAGCUUUAAUUGUGCAAUUUGUUUUCUAUGUUUUGUCAUUUUCUGAUGCAAUUAAUAAUUACCCAGCAGUAUUGGUAACCCCGAAAUGGUAAUCACCUCAACAUUUUGGAAAAGUCACGGUGGCCUGGGUCAUAGCUCCAGGAGUGAGGCAGAGCAGCUGGGGAGCUGUAAAGAACUGAUGUCCACAGUGCCUGUCUGGCUGCCUUUAAUUACAGGAGGGAGAACACUUGGUCCAAAAAAUCCAGCCCUGGGAUAUUAAGUCAUGAUCUGUUUAGUCAGCCCAUGCAGAAUGGGACCUCAGGAUGUGCUUUAUUUUCCAUUCCACAGAAACUGUAAAUAUACACAAUUUUCCUAGAGCUGUUCUGCUUUAGGAAAUGGGAGGUAUUCAGUGAAAGCUCCUCGUCUGGUUACGGAGCUGACUGGUGUCCUGGGUCUGGCCCAUCGAGUGUGAUGUCAGACACGCACGCCUGUUUGUAAAACCUGGUCACUUACUAUUAUUGUUAUUAUUUGCUAUAUGGCUGUUUUAUAAUAUCACACACUAGCAUUGUAGAGAGAAAUCCACUGCCCCAGCAUAGGUGAGAAGGAUGGGAAGGAUGUAGGUGUACGUGUGUUCGGUCUUAGGCACAUUUAUUGUCAAAGGUCAGGAAAGAGGGAGGGUUUUGCCACUGCAUUGUUCAACCCUGUUAAUAGUCUUCCUAUUUUACACCAUUUUUUAAAGAUUUGCAAUAUUUUCUGUAGACUGCAGACAAUACUAAGCCUUUCUUUUCUGGCCUGAAGUAGUUCCAAGUGGUAAGUACUGCUAUAUAUACAGCCUUAAAAUACUUAGUGGUGGUGCCAGUCUGGGCUAUCUUUCAAUGUAAAUGUUUCCAAAUUUUUAAGUACAUUCCUUGUCAUAUUCCCCAGUUAGGGGAAACCUGUUUGUGCUUGAUAUGUUGAAAUAAAACUACACACAACUUUCAGUGGCA